AUUUCAGAGCAAUGUACUCGCGGUAGUAGCAGUACUAGUAUAGUACUAGUAGUAGUAACAGUAGGGUAGUUAUAGUGGUAAUACUGAUAGUACUACUAGUACUAGUAAUACUAAUAGUGAUAGUAUAGUGGUGUUAAUAGUGGUAGUACUGGAAGAAUGUACUCGCAGUUUGAGCGCCAAUAUUCAGACUUCCUCCGGAACCACCUCACACGACUACAAGUGCAGAAUAACAGGAGCUCUGAGGAAACCCUCCUCUCCCACGUGACCUCUCACUUACACUCCUCAGAUACAGCCUUCUCUCCCACUCUCUCUAAGUCUUACAAAUCUGACGAGCUAGCUAGAGCACAUGUAGGGUUUGCGGAGGUGCUAGCUGAGGAGGGGAAUCAUCUGCUUGCUUUAUCUGAACUUUGUGAAGCUAUCAAGAACUCUGCUGCUACUGAGUCACUUGUGUUGAUUGUUGCUGUGAGGAUUGUCGUGCUCUCAAAGUUGAGCCUCAAUUAUGAAAUGAGGGCAGAUCUAAAGCUCUUAAAAUCAAUCUGUUGUAAGAGGUGCUUCAAAUCUAUUUUCAAUUCGAACUCUAAAGAAGAACAAAAUUCAAACGAUGAAACCCACUUCAGUCCAAUAACACGGAGAUUUGACCCAAUAGAGCAGUGUCCUCUAACUAAACUGAAAAGGGAAAUCCUCCGGGUACUGAACCAGGCCCCAGGUACCAGUACUUCAGUGAACACUGAGGAGAAGUCAGUAAAUACCAGUACUGGGGAGAAGUGUCACAACCCUCCGAGACAGUGUACACCACCUGACUUGGUUACACAAACUGUUUUAUCAGAGGAAUAUAACUUUGUAACCAGCAAGUUACAAAUAGCGGAGUCAGAGGAGAGAGGAAGAUUCGUCGUGGCUAAAGAGGACCUGCAUAUUGGUGACGUGCUGGUAGUGGAAGAGGCGCAGGUGUGGACUGUUCUGCCUGGAAAGUGGUCUUCUCACUGUCAGUACUGUCUCAAUAUUUGCAGAGCCCCACUGCCAUGCCCAAAGUGCCCGGACGUUGUGUUUUGUUCUGUUGACUGCUUAUCUACAGAUACAGUGCAUCAGAUGGAGUGCGGUUAUUUACCUGAACUACAGUCUCUCCCUAAAAUGGUAUACCUCGCCUUCAGGACCAUACUUAAAUACCGCAGAGAUAUAGUACACUAUUCUCGAAAAAAGGACACUUCAGUAGAGUUCACCCAGCUGAUGAGCCUGAUAACAAACUUCCAGUCCCGGUCCCCAGUAGACAUUACCAAGCGAGCAACCCUCGCACUAUUCCUCUCCAACAUACUCCGCAAUACUCUCGCUGUAUUCUCAACCUGCAACAAGUACUCCUUCAUAAACCGUCCUGACCUGGCAGCUGAGUUAUGUUCCCGUGUCUCUGUAGGUGAUGUUGAUAUCUGUAUGGGUGGGUGUGUAAAAGGGAGACUAGAACUGGAGAGUAUCUACAAUACUACUCAGAUUGUUCUGCUGAAGUGCCUUCAGAGUUACCCUUGCAACGCUCACGAGAUAUCAGAACUGCAGAUAACAAAACAAUUCAGGUAUUCAGCAAAUGCAGAUAUCGGAGCCGGAGCAUUUCCCUUUCUGAGUUUGCUGAACCAUUCCUGUAACCCUAAUGUCGUCCGACACUCUGUAGGGAGGGGAACAAUACUGCGAGCACUACGGAAGAUAGCAGCAGGAGAGGAACUGUUGGAUAACUACGGUUACCACUACGCUACACACGCAGUCCCAGAACGAAGGAGAGCUCUGAGGAGCCAGUACUUGUUUACCUGUGGGUGUGGACCGUGCUCUGAUAGGAAGAACUGGCCUACUUUCGAGGAUGUGCAAAGAAGUGUCACUGUCAGGUGCUGUAGAUGUAAUUCUCCGUUACUAAAGAAGAGACCGACUUGUGGCACGUGCGGUAAAAAUGCUUCAAAAGCGCUACAAAAGAUGGACAGAGUGGCCAUUGAAGCAAGCAAAUUUAUCCAAACAUUCAUAUCUGAUAGUGAUCCUAGUAAUUCGUCAAUUAUUUUUGAGUUCCUAAAACUGUGUGAAAUCCACGCGGAGCUGCCAUUUCGUUUAUACAACGAGUGUCAAGAAGUGAUCAAGCAAGUGUGGAACUUACAAUCUAACUCUAAAACACUGCUUACCUGAAAUAAGUGUCAAGAAGUGAUCAAGCUAGUGUGGAACUUACAAUCUAACUCUAAAACACUGCUUACCUGAAAUAAGUGUCAAGAAGUGAUCAAGCUAGUGUGGAACUUACAAUCUAAUUCUAUAAGUAAAACACUGUUUACAUGAUAUAUGAAAUAAUGAACGGUUUUAAUCGUCUCUAAAGAGUUAACACUUGCAGUUUUAUAUUUGACCGGAUAGUAGCGGUGCAGUAUUUAUUUGAAUUGGAUCUUGUUUUUGAGUUGCAAAGGAGCUCGUACCGUGAUUAUUAUAAAUAAUU